AUCUGGAAACAGAGGAAGAGCCCAAACACGUGAGUUCUUCCUCUUCCUCUUCGGCUUCAGCUGGCUAGGGUUUCGAAUCAGUGUCUUCCUUCGUCCUCUUCAUUCUUUCUUCUUUCACCAGUCCAAUCUCUGGAGAACGUCACACCGGGGCGAUCCAGAUUGCUCGAAUUGCAGGCUGACGGACGAUUGUGGGAACCCUGGUUCGGUCCGGCAGUGUGCGCCCAGGGCCUUCCAAUUCGUCUUGCCCGCAGUGAUAUGUGAUUUCAGCUGUUCAAUGCGAAGAUGAGCUCAUUCUCCAUAACCCGCAAGAAGACGCCUUUCCAGAAGCACCGAGAGGAGGAAGAGGCGAAGAAGAAGAGGGCUGAAGAUGAGACGGCUCGCCUUUACGCUGAAUUUGUGGAGUCCUUCCAAGGAGAUAAUGCACCUGGGUCGAAGGCUUUUGUUCGAGGAGGAUUGAUCAAUCCAAAUGAUCGAGCGAAGGCUGAUUCUGAAGGUGAAAAGUCCAAAGAUGGGAUGCCUGUUCCAAAGAAGGGAAGUAGGUAUGUUCCUUCUUUCAUACCACCUCCUCUUUCAUCCAAAGGAAAAGAAACUGAAAAGAAGAAAGACGAGGAGAAGGCAAAAGAGAGAGAGAAAGGGAAGUCACGAAACAUAGAUCAUUUCAUGGAGGAGCUGAAGCAUGAGCAAGAGUUGAGGGAGAGACGGAAUCAAGACCGUGAACAUUGGCGUGAUGGCCGCCACAGUGAAAAUUCUGCUCCAUCUAGCCGAUUUGAUGAACUGCCUGAUGAUCUUGAUCCAAGUGGAAGGUUUCCUGGAUCAUUUGAUGAUGGUGAUCCGCAGACAACAAACCUCUAUGUUGGUAACCUUUCACCUCAGGUUGAUGAGAACUUCCUUUUACGGACUUUUGGAAGAUUUGGUCCCAUAGCAAGUGUAAAGAUAAUGUGGCCUCGGACAGAAGAAGAGAGAAGACGGCAGAGAAAUUGUGGAUUUGUGGCUUUCAUGAACAGAGCUGAUGCACAGGCUGCAAAGGACGAAAUGCAAGGUGUCAUUGUUUAUGAGUAUGAAUUGAAGAUUGGAUGGGGUAAAUCCGUGGCUCUCCCAUCACAAGCUCUUCCUGCUCCUCCCCCGGGGCACAUGGCCAUAAGGAGUAAGGAGGGUGCAACAGUGAUUUUGUCUGGUCCAUCAGGUCCACCAGUUACCACAGUCCCUACUCAGAACUCCGAGUUGGUUUUGACUCCUAAUAUACCUGAUAUAACUGUUAUUCCACCAGAGGAUGAUCAUCUUCGGCAUGUGAUUGAUACGAUGGCCUUAUAUGUAUUGGAUGGCGGAUGUGCGUUUGAACAGGCUAUUAUGGAGAGAGGUCGUGGGAAUCAACUUUUCGGUUUCUUGUUUGAGCUUGGGUCUAAAGAGCAUACCUAUUAUAUCUGGAGGCUUUAUUCGUUUGCUCAGGGUGACACUCUUCAAAGAUGGCGAACAGAACCUUUCAUCAUGAUUACUGGUAGUGGAAGAUGGAUACCUCCGCCCUUGCCUACUGUCCGAAGUCCUGAACAUGAAAAAGAAUCUGGCACGACUUUUGCUGCUGGGAGAAGCAGGCGUGUAGAGCCAGAACGUACACUAACUGAUUCACAGAGGGAUGAAUUUGAGGACAUGCUGCGUGCAUUAACGUUGGAGAGAAACUUGAUAAAGGAGGCAAUGGGUUUUGCUUUAGACAAUGCUGAUGCUGCAGGAGAGGUUGUCGAGGUUUUAACAGAAUCUUUAACGCUUAAAGAGACACCUAUCCCUACUAAGGUUGCGAGGCUUAUGCUGGUUUCCGAUGUCCUCCAUAAUAGUAGUGCUCCCGUAAAGAAUGCUUCUGCAUACCGCACUAAAUUCGAAGCAACACUGCCCGACAUAAUGGAGAGCUUUAAUGAUUUGUAUCGAAGUAUAACUGGAAGGAUCACUGCUGAGGCGCUUAAGGUAAUUGUUAUCGUUGCUUUGAACUUGUUUUUGAGGAAAUUCUUGAACAAUUCUCUUGGUGUGUUUCUUCGGGUGUUUUGCCUGUGUGAUUCCUUUCGAAAUCUGCAGGAGCGAGUCCUGAAGGUUUUGCAAGUAUGGUCCGACUGGUUUCUGUUUUCUGAUGCUUAUGUGAAUGGAUUACGAGCUACUUUUGUGCGAUCAAGUAAUUCUGGGGUGGUCCCUUUUCACUCUUUAUGUGGUGAUACUCCUGAAAUAGAUAAGAAAGCAAACUCAGAAGAGUCAGGUGAUGGAGUUAAAGUCAACCAAGAUGCUGCUUUAGCAAUGGGCAGAGGAGCUGCUACGCAAGAGUUAAUGUCUCUUCCCCUCGCUGAGCUUGAAAGACGCUGUAGGCAUAAUGGAUUAUCUCUUGUUGGUGGUAGAGAAAUGAUGGUUGCAAGGUUGUUAAGUCUUGAAGAGGCAGAGAGACAGAGGGGCUAUGAGUUAGAUGAGGACUUGAAAUUUAAGCAGAGUAGUGCGAGCUCUGGGAGGUAUUCAAGUGGUCAAAGAGAAAAUAAUGUUGAUGCUGGGCCUGUAGGAUGGAAUCGUUAUGGGGAGGACGAGAUGGCUUCAAAAGGAGAAGAAUCUGUUACAUUGGCUUCAACCAUCCCAAUUCCACCGCCUGAGCUGAAAGCCUUCACGAGAAAAGAGAAAAACGAUCCUGUUUUGCCAUCUUCAAAGUGGGCUCGAGAAAAUGAUGAAAGUGAUGAUGAACAGGAAAGAGGUUCUAGAGGCCUAGGGUUAGGCUAUUCAUCAUCUGGAAGCGAGAAUGCUGGGGAUGCUCCUGGUGAUGUUGAUGGGAUUGAGUUGGCGGCUGAUUCAAGCAUGCCCUUUCAGUCAGACAGCGGAAUGAGUGAAGAGCAAAGACAAAAACUGAGGCGUCUAGAGGCUGCUUUGAUAGAGUAUCGUGAAUCUCUGGAAGAACGUGGAAUAAAAAAUGUGGAAGAAAUUGAGAAGAAAGUUGCCUUGCACAGGAAACGGCUGGAGGUGGAAUAUGGGUUAUCAGGCUCUAGUGAUGAUGUUUCUGGGAACAGGAGAUCUUCAUCAGAGAGGAAGGACAGAAGAGACGAUUUUCGCGAUUCAUCCAGAAAACGUCAUCGCAGCCGAAGUCACAGCGCUAGUCCACCACGAAGAUCAUCUAACCGUGACAGAGAUGGUAGGAUUCAUCACUUAGAGAGCGAAAGAAGUAGAGACCGUGAGAAGAGUGGCAGCAGAGAGAGGGAUGAUCAUGACAAGGAUAGAGGUAGAGAGCGAGAGCGUGAUAGGAGGAGGCGGACGUGAUCAAUUGGUGAUCUACGGGUGAACUGAAAAACGACAGUUUGGCCAUUAAUUAUAUGGGCUUGAUUUCUGUCACAAAGCUGGAAUGCAGAAUCCAAGGGCAGUAGAGAUAGGACUGCGUUCUCAUCCGAGGUUGUUCCAUAUGUGGUCCAUGUACAAGGAAAAUGUUCAGUCUCUUUCCCUGCAGUUGUUUUGUUUGAGGAAGAAUGGUUUGCCAUUGACAAUCCUGGUGUAGCCCUGGGAUGAGAUUAUCGCAUUUACUAAUGAGCACAAUUUAGUGAAUCGAGUCAAAUUUUUGAAAUGUAAACUUCGGAUGUUCCGUCUUUCCAACUAAUGAAUUGUUAGGAUUCUACUUUUU